AUGAAGCUCAAGGUGAAGACUUUGAAAGGAAGGAAUUUCGAAAUCGGGGCCCAGCCCUCCGACACUGUCAUGGCAGUUAAGAAGAACAUUGAAGAUGUACAAGGGAAAGAUAAUUAUCCAUGUGGACAGCAAUUGCUGAUUCACAAUGGCAAGGUGUUGAAAGAUGAGACUACACUAGCAGAUAACAAUGUUUCUGAAGAUGGAUUCAUUGUUGUAAUGCUUAGUAAGAACAAGACCUUCAGUUCAGCUGGGGCUUCAUCCACUCAGCCUGCUAGUAAUACAACUACAGCAGGAACUGCAUCAAAUUCCACUCCAGUGUCUAAUCCAACAGUACAAACUCAGACUGCAAAAAACACACCAUCUACCACAGAUGUUACAGUAACAAAUGUACCUACAGAUACUUAUGGUGAGGCUGCUUCAAAUUUAGUUGCUAGUACUAAUCUUGAACAGACUAUUCAACAAAUUAUGGACAUGGGUGGUGGCAACUGGGACAGAGAGACAGUUAGUCGUGCUCUUCGGGCAGCUUUUAAUAACCCAGAGCGUGCUGUAGAUUACUUGUAUUCUGGAAUUCCUGAAGCAACAGAAGUUGCUGAACCAGUUGCGCAACUUCCAGUUAGUCAGACAACUGAAACAGGCGAGGCUACUGCCAGAGCUGCUUCUGGAGCACCUAACUCAUCUCCGUUAAACAUGUUUCCUCAGGAGUCACUUGGUGCUGAUGCUGGACUUGGAUCUCUUGACUUCCUUAGAAACAAUCCCCAGUUUCAAGCAUUGCGGUCAAUGGUGCAUUCCAAUCCACAAAUCCUACAGCCUGUGCUUCAGGAGCUGGGAAAGCAGAAUCCCAAUCUGUUAGGAUUGAUUCAAGAGCAUCAUGCUGAGUUUCUCCAGUUAAUUAAUGAACCAGUUGAAGGUUCUGAAGGGGCUCUGUUUGACCAGCCUGAGCUAGACAUGCCUCAUUCUAUCAAUGUGACACCAGCUGAGCAGGAAGCAAUUGGACGGCUUGAAGCCAUGGGAUUUGAUAGAGCCUCAGUUAUAGAGGCAUUUUUGGCAUGUGACCGGGAUGAGCAGUUGGCGGCCAACUAUUUGUUGGAGAAUGCUGGAGAUUUUGAGGAUUGAAUUAUAGUUUUUAUUUUUGUUUUGGCUUUUAUUUUUGGGGAGGGGGAGGAAUUUCUGAAGGUAGAGUUUGGGUUGGGAUUGGUAUAUUCAGGUCAUUGAAACGGGAAAAAGGACUGUUACAAUUGAUUGUAGGAUAUUAUUUACAUGGAAGCCGUUCAAACAAAUGACGUAGUAAAGUUCCAACUGUAAGAUGAUUACUGUUACUGCUAUUUCAUAUGUCAUAAUGCUCAAUCCUUAUGCC